AAGUAAAUUGCACAAACUUAAAGUACUGCAGAGAUGAAGACCGAAGCAGGAAGAAACAUGCCACCGAUGUCCUGGUCGGGAACAUACUGUGUCAUGUGAAGAGACAUGACAAAAACAGCCCUCUUUAAAUUACUGUUGGCAAUACUGAUCACAUUCAUUUUACUUUUGCCUGAAUAUUUUAAGACACCAAAAGGAAAUAUAUUGGAGCUAUCAUGUCUGGAAGUGUGUUUGCAACCUAAUUUCAACUAUUCACUCCGCUCUUUAAAUUUUUCUUUUGUGACUUUUCUGAAACCAGUAAGAGAAACUCAGACUAUUAUGGGCAUCUUUCUAAAUCACUCCAACUUUCAAAACGUCACCAGGAUUUGCCAAGGCAUCACAAGUGAAUUGAAAAUGUGCUCCUCAUGUUUAGCUUGUGAGUCCAAAAAAAGUCUGGAUUUUAUUUCUCAGGAACAAACAUCAAAAGUUCUUAUCAUGAAAGGAUCAAUGGAAGUGAAGGCAAAUGAUUUUCGUUCACCUUGUCAACAUUUUAACUUCACUGUAGCUCCUAUAGCUGAUCCCUUGGAAGAAUAUAACAUUACUUGUAAUCUAAAAACCCACAUGAGAAGGCCAGCCAUCACGGAGGAAGAUUCACCCAAGGAAAAGUCUAUGAACCAUACUUGUAGGACUAUGGAAUACCUGAAUAAUUGUACACAUAUCUCCUUGCACCUAGAAAUGGAUGUCAAAAAUUUCACUUGUUCCAUGAAGAUCACUUGGUAUGUUUUAGUUCUGGUCAUUUUUAUAUUUUUUCUCGCCCUCACUCUCCACAAAAUACUUGAAAGCCACAGAAGAAUGUGGAAAUGGCAGAGUCAUAAAUACAAACCUACCUCUGACCUCUUAAGAGGACAGGAUUCCGAGAAACUGCGAACAUUGAACGUGCAGGUUAUUUCAGAGACCAAGCAGAGGGUGCCCUUGACUCAGGUCAAGAAAGUGCUUCCCCCAAUACCGGAACUAGAAGUUACUUCCACGGUGCAUCUGCAAGAUCAGUAUACACGGGUAUCCUUCUGAAUUCCUCUGGACCAUUUGGACUGAACCCUUUUGAAGAAUACUCAUAACCUCAUUUUGGGAAUGAGCUAACUAGUAAAUAUAUGAGUCCAGCUGAGGAUUCACAAUAGGAAACAGUAGGAAUGCUGACUGGUUGAUGAAAACUGGCUCAAGAGCAUUCAUUUGACCCAUGAGAUCAAAGAAAUGAGAGUUUUUUCAGGAAGCCAUCAUGAGUCAUGGAAAACAAGCUGAUGAAACCCAUGGAAACAACAAGGGAAUGCUCACUGUCUUUGCUUAUCUGUCUUUAUACAGCUUACAGUGGCCCCAAGAUUUUGAUUUUGAAAGGAACUAAAACCAGGGUCAAGGAUGAAAAUCUUUUCUCUCAUUUGCCCACAUUGCAGAUUCUAAUUUGAUGGGUUUUCCUAUACAGAUGGAUUGUUUCUAUUUGGCAAAUUACUUAAGAGGGCCUGGGUUGUUCGUUUAUACAUUUGUUUGGAUUUAUAAAUGUUGCCUCCUUUUGGC